UCUGCCCUCACACUAAAACGCACGAGCUCAGCUGUAAAUUAUUCGCAUCGAUUGUGUGGGAUCCUUUUGUGCUUCGUUGCGCGUAUUGUACUGCAGCGUUGUUUUAUGAUUUUUUAUCGUAUCUGUCUAUUAGGAUAGUUGAAUUGUUUCUGGGUUCAGUAGCUUUUGAAAGUGUAGUCACAAAUCCCUCGCGAGUAGCAGGAGAGUGAUGUUGUUCGUUCUGAAAUACGGCACGGUACAUUUGUUACAUGGCACUGUGGGAUUUGUGAUGGGUUCACGUUUUCUAUUCAUACUGAGAAUGCCGAAGAUCUCGACGGUUCAUUGUAGAGGAUAUAAAUAAUAGAUAUGUCCAAUGGUCAGUCUCAUUCGUAAUAGUAGGAUACGCCUUGGUUUUUUCCGUCUUACACUGGCUUACGAAUCUCGGUAACAGAAACGGCGAUGGACGCAGUGACGACGGAAGUUCCGACGGUGUGGAAGAGAUACGCCAAACAAGCCGAUUGUCUAGACGCCCUUCAGAACAUUUCCAUCAAAUCGCCGGGUCCGCGCUGUCCGGCCGACUGGGAGCCUCACACAUACAUGUGCUGGCCCCCGUCCCCACCAGGUGUCACUGUACGUCUGCCGUGCCCACCGUACGAUUAUCUGAACCCCGACGAGUUUGUCACUCGUGUGUGUCAAGAGAACGCUACUUGGUACGUCAAUGAAACGUUUGACGAUAAGCCGUACAGCAACUAUUACGACUGUUUCUUACCUCGCCAGGGAAGUGCCGAGGAGAACUUGAGGAAAUGGGUCAACGAGAAGACCGUCCUCAUUCUAAAAGCUUUGAACGCUCAUCGUAUUCCUCAUCUCACUCUGCACAGCUUUGACCUCUUCCUACUACUAGCGAGCUUGUUGUUGUGUGUCAUACUGUUGACCCGCCGAGCGACUCGCCCCACAGACAAAUACAAGUUUUUGGUCCUUAUCUUGGCAAUCAUAUCUCUCAUCGCUAACCAUGUGACGGCUAUGUCCAUACAAGCUUUCUAUGAUUCCUCCAACAUCAUCAAAUGCCAGAUAGCGAAAACAAUCGUCUCUUUCACCAACAUCGUUUUCUGCCAGUGUCUGCUGGGAUAUGUCUUUCUCUGCAUGUUCAUUAUUAUGGAGUAUAAGAUAAAACGUAGGUACAUAAACGCAGGAUUCAGUGUCUCCAUCGUACUGGCUCUGGCGUUAGUGUUGUUUGAAGCUUGUUUGGAGAUUCUGCAGCACAACAGCCGUUACUGUGGGUUUGGCACGUUACAAACAUCCUAUCACUGGAUCAUUACGGCCCCAAAGUUCUUUAUAAUCGCAUGUAUUUUCUGCAUAGAUUCUGUGGCCAUCUACGGCAUCUACUAUCUCGGACAACCACACUUAGUCAAAACGGGGCAGCAGCUCGCUCUGAAGGUGUCCACGGUAUGCGUACUGCUGAUGUCAGUGUACAACGCCGUGUGUGAAGUCAUGCUCGUUUUGCUGCACGCUGUCGCCGCCAUGGACCACGUGACCGACUCACUGGAGGUCUACACGCACUCCUACUCUGCCUUGUCGGCCUCUCGUGGGAUUGUGUUUGUCACACUCAUGUGUUUUCUCGACCCGCAGUCGUUAGCUCUCUUACCUUGCGCCUGUCUACAUAUGUUCUCUCACCCUGAAGAAGCCCCGCCUGCCAGUCCCCAGCGAUUAGUAUCGGAGAAAAAGCAGUCGCUUUACCUACAAGAAGAGUACGCUCAACAGGACGAUUAUGAAGACAAUCUCCAAACCAUAGAAACAGGAAAACAGCAGAGGUUGUAGCAAGUUUUACAAGACAUCAACGAGUGCGGUAUUGAAAUGUAUUAUAAUGUUCUCUCUUGUAUUGCAUUUCUAACAUUUCGACCAUUUACAUCUAGACACCACAAGGCAUUUGAGCUGAAGACACUCUAGCCUGUCUGUGUCGUAAAUAAGAGGCACUCAUCACUCGCGAAAGUUCAGGAAAGCCUUUUUUUAAAGAAAAUCUUCAUAAACGAUAGAGACAAUCUUCAUUGAAUAAAGAACAUAAUUAUUACUUUUAAAAGUUGAUGAAUAUCUUGUCCAGACAGAAGGAGUAAUUUUUAAUUCUAUUUAAUAAUUGAAACAGGUGGAUAUUUUAGAAAGGUUGUAGUUGAGUAAGAUGUGAGAAAAUGGACAUAGAACAUUGUGCAUUCGGAAGAAAUGAAUCCGAAAAGAAAUGUAACUACAAAAUCGCUUUGCGGAUAGAAAAUUGUAAAGACGAUAAUCAGGUGGCUAUUUUGAAGUCAAUAUUGGCUCUUUUAUUUAAAUCAAAAUGAAAUAAAGGACUUUGUUAGUUGUUACUAUUUCUGGGGUUUACAGAUCAUACAACGGAAUUCUUCAUUUCACAGCCUUCUCUCAUCAGCAAAUCGUGUUCUUUUUCUUAAUUCAUCUGGUACGGUAGCGUGGAACGUUUCAAGCACCGGGGACUGUUACACAACUAAUUCAUAUUAUUCUUCAUCAAAGAUUUCUUACGAUUUUAAGUGGAAGUGUACAUAAAAAGGUGGAAUAACCCCCAGCACACUCAGGUUUUCAUUUUUUUUCCUUUUUGCUAUGACCCACAGAUUCAAACUGCUAUUUCUAUUGUUUGAUGAUCUGUCUAUGGUAUCCUUGUAUUGUCUUUAGGGGCUAUGUGAUCAUAAUAAAAGUGGAUUGUCUAAUUUUUUAAAAAUAACUCCUUCCCGCUGGCCAAUGUACAUACAUGAUAUGAUCCAUUCCUUAAAUUUCUUCUACUCUGUGAUAACUAAAGAAAAAAAUAAUAAUCACAUGUUUGUUACGGAUUUAAACUACUCAGUGUAUAAACACAUAGAAACACAU